AUGCACUUCCCAUUAACCCUCCUCACCACCCUCACAACAACCCUCCUCUUCCUCCCAACCCUCACACCCGCCAACCCCCUCCCCAAAACCCAAAACCAAACCAACUAUCAAAACCAAACCUCGUCCCAAAACCAAACCCAAACCCAAACCCAAACCCACCAACUCGGCCACGCAAUCGUCCGCAACAACUGCGCAUUCCCCGUCUACCUCUGGUCCGUUUCCUCAACCGUCAGCGAGCAACAAAACAUGACCCAAGGCGCCCUCUACGCCGAGACAUUCAGGCGCGAUUCCCAGACCGGCGGCGUGGGCAUUAAGCUCACGACUGUGCCGAACGGGCUCGAGACCUCGGCGCCGCAGACGAUCUUCGCGUAUAACCUGGUCGCGGAUCGGGUUUGGUAUGAUUUGUCGGAUGUUUUUGGGGAUCCGUUUCGGGGUAGUAGGGUGUUUUUGGAUGGGGAGGUUACGGAUAUUAUUUGGGAGAGGGGGGUGCCGCCUGCUGGGUCGAGGGUUGGGAAUCAGAGGGCGGGGGUGGAUUUGAUUUUGACGUCUGGGGUUUUCUUGGGGGUGGAGGGUAGUGGAUGUGGUUAA